AUGACUGAUCCGGUGCGACGCGACCCGACGGAGUUCCUUCGCGUCCUUCGUCGCAUGUCACGAACAACGUCAUGGCAAAAGACGAUGAUGUUUGCGUCAAAGGGCCGCAUGGUUGGCUACCGGUUGACACGAGAGCACUAUAACACAAUCCUAUUCUCCCAGUCUCUGUGGGGGCGGGCGCUAGAAAUUGUGCGGGUGAUACGCGCAAUGCAGGAGGAUCGGGUACAACCCAACGGUGCGACUUAUUAUUACAUUGUGAAUGGCAUGGCGAAUGCGGAUCAUGGUUGGAAUUAUGACUUUAAAAUCAAUCAUCGAUUGGAAAAGAUUCAGCACUGGCGUGUUGCCAUGGAAGCGCUGGAGGCUUGUGAGGCGAAUGGGUUUGAUUCCACCGAUACAAUGCACAACUCGGCGAUCAUCACAAUGGUGAUACCUGGAUUUAAUAAAUGGGAACAGGCGAGUCGAUUACUGGAAAAACUGUUGCGCGAGGAUCGACGCAUGCAUCCAACGAUGGUAAAGUUUUACCACGACUGUCUGAUUCGCAAUAUGCGACCACGCGAGGCAAGUUGUCUCAUCCGUCUUGCUGCGGAGCAGGGGGUGCAGGGUUAUGAGGACAAGUGGGAAGCCGACGUAUACAAGGGACGGCCACAUGACAGCGAACUGAAGAGGGAAAUUUUAUCAGUUGAUAACCAGAAGCAGGAUUUGGCCUAUACCUUUGCCGCGCUUCAACUACGUGGGGAUCAAAUGGCUCCACCAAAGGAACUGCACAAAUUACUAGAAGAAGAGACGGUGCGUAACAUUGAGGCAGAGCGUUCCGUUCCCGUGCCUUAUUCUGCCGGCUUACAUUCGACCGAAAUCAACAGUGUUUUCCGUCCCCGUGUGUACCGGCAGUUGUGGUACAAGUGGCAGCAUAUAGCCAACCGAUACCGUCCCACAGCCGCAUUGAAACGCCGUCAGUUAGCUCCCAAGGACUCUCCAACCGGCAUUCCAGGAUUCAACCGCAUCUAA